AUGUGUUCAGGUCAGAGUGUGUUCAGCCCACAGUGUGUUCAGACCAGAGUGUGUUCAGCCCAGAGUGUGUUCAGACCAGAGUGUGUUCAGGCCACAGUGUGUUCAGCCCAGAGUGUGUUUAGGUCAGAAUGUGUUCAGGCCAGAGUGUGUUCAGGCCAGAGUGUGUCUAGCCCACAGUGUGUUCCAGGCCAGAGUGUGUUCAGCCCACAGUGCGUGUUCAGGCCAGAGGUGUUCAGGCCAGAGUGUGUUCAGCCCACAGUGUGCUUAGGCCACAGAGUGUGUUCAGGCCAGAGUGUGUUCAGCCCACAGUGUGUUCAGGGCCAGAGUGUUCAGCCCACAGUGUGUUCAGCCCACAGUGUGUUCAGGCCAGAGUGUGUUCAGCCCACAGUGUGUUCAUAG